GAGACUCGAGAAGCAUAUUUGAGUUCCUAGCUAGCUUAACUGCAAGAACUAAGGCAGCUCUAGGCCUAGAGGUGAUCGUGACCAUGGCAGAGCGCAACAACAAGGGGUCUCUUUUGGUGCUGGUGGCUUUGGCCGUCGUGGUUCUCCUGGCCGCUCAGGUGAAGCCGGCGGUGGCCGGCGAUUACACCACUUACAUGCAGAAUAAGGUCAGGGAUAUCGUGAAGGCCAACCGCGCCGUCGCCCCCGGCUUCAUCCGUCUCGUCUUCCACGACUGCUGGGUCAAGGGUUGCGAUGGAUCCGUGUUGCUGGAGAGAGCCGACAAGCAGGCGGAGAUGGAUGCGCCGCAGAACGGCGGCAUCCGUGGCCUGGACGUGAUCCAGACCAUCAAGGACGCGCUCGCCGCCUUCGACAAGAACGUGACAUGCGCCGAUGCUGUCGUGUACGCGGCCCGGGAGGCGUGCUACGUCCUCAGCGACAAGAAGAUCGAGUACGCCGUGGACGGGCCGGGCUCCCACAAGGACGCCCUCACCUCGUCCAUGGCCGACGCCGGCGCCCUCCCGCCACCAUUCGCCAACUUCACGGACCUCGUGGCAAACUUCAACGCCAAGGGCUUCACGGCCCGGGAUGUCGUGGUCCUCUCCGGCGCGCACGCUGUCGGCCAGGCCCACCGCCCGACCUUCGAGUCCCGGCUCGACAAGUCCGUCUCCGGCCGCGGCGAGAUCAACGGCUGGUACCAGGGCGAGGUCGAUCGGGUGUCGAACGCAAGCCCCACGAAGGCGGUUCAUAACAAUGUCCGCGACCUCUACAAGGCCGAGGCGGAGCCGGGGGUGCUUGACAAUGGAUACUACAAGGCCAAUCUCCAGAACACGGUGCUCUUCAACUCUGAUUGGACGCUCAGGACGGACACCGCCGCCGCAAGCGAGAUGCAACAGUACAAGGACAGCGCCGCUACGUGGUACGCCCUCUUCGGCGAGGCCAUGGCCAGGCUCAGCAGGCUCCCCGCCGAGGGCGCCACUCUCGCCGUGCCCAGGACAAAAUGCAGUACCGCCAACUAGAAGAUGCCCGCGUCAAGAUAUGAACCACAUAAGACAUUUUCACGCGUGCACGUUUAUUGAUUAUUUUGAUUUAUUAAAUAUUUUCAAUCAUGUUAUGUUUACUGAUUUACUCAUGCCAUCACCUUUUUGCGGUUUUUCUACUUGUAAUACAUGUUCCAAAGUUUUUGUCUAGAUUGCCACAAGAGUGCGCUUAUGUACGGUCCUGCCACAGUUUUUGUUGAUAUCAUCACACAUCAAAUGCUAAAAUAUCUGAACAUUGAAACAAUUUUCUCCCGAGA